CAUUUCGAGGGCAUGUUGACAUAACAAAAGUCCACAACACCCGCAUAACCUAAACAUGUAGAAUUUUUCUUGGAUGCCUUUUUGCAAAAUCAGUAGUGAUACAUCAUGAAAUAAUGUUUAAUGUACAUUGUAACCAUUUGAAUGAAUACAAUUUGCCAACGCUUAGAUAAGAACAGAAGAAUGUCCACGACAAUUAUACGUCCAUGGUUCUGAAGCUAGAAAAAGACUGAUCUGAGACAGUAUUUGUAUUUGACUACUUUUUUUCUCAAUUAAUACGAGUUGGAAAAUAUCUCUUGGCCCUAAUAAGCCUGCGCAAACAAUUAAUGUAAAGAAAGCUAUAGAGGAAACCUUAAGCAUCAAGCAAGCGAAAAAAGAAAUAAAAGAUAUUGAAGUCUUAAAAAAUAAAGAAAAGGAAUUUUUCAUAAAAACUGUUUCACAAAAAACAUGGAAUACUAAAUUGUUGAAAGCUGUAAAACCAAAAGUAGACCCAUGCCUAAUUAAUAUAGGUGCUACAGAGGUUAUGACAGCUGGUGAAAAAGUUAUAGAGGAUAAAGUGAAGACUAGUCCAGAAAAAUCAUCUAUUACUAACCUAUUAGAUACUGUAAAAGAAGAAACGGGCUCAGGUAAAGUUCUAGUACACAAUAAAAAGGUAGAAGAGCAAGAAACUGAUACAAAAUUAGAAGCUAAAAUAACAGCUAAGACAACUGAAACUCCAAAAGGAGUAGUGAGACUGGAAUUAAGUCUGAACAUAUUGGAUAUCAAUAAAAUUGACUUGGAAUACAGUGUAUCAAAGAAAGCCAGGAAAAACUAUUUUAUUCUUACAAUGGCGAAAAAACUGGCUGUGUUCGACUUUGAUCAUACGAUUAUCAAUGACAACUCUGACAUAAUGGCGAUGAAUAUGGUCGACAGAAAAUACAUUCCAAAAGAAGUUAAGGAUCUCCAUAAGACUGAUGGAUGGACAGUCUUUAUGCAAAAAGUAUUUGAAAUAUUAUACCAGAAUAACGUAAAAGAAGAUGCAGUCAAUCAACUAAUGAUGAAUCUACCAGCUGUAGCUGGAAUGACUGAAUUGAUCAAGGAACUGAAGCAAAACUACAACUAUGACGUCAUAGUGAUCAGCGAUUCAAAUUCCCAUUUUAUACGUACCUGGUUAGGUGCCAAUGACUUGUCGAAGUACAUUUCAGAGGUAUUUACCAAUCCAGCAAAAUUCGAAAAUGGAAUGCUCAAAAUCCAAAUGUACCAUUUUCAAGAAAACUGUAAAUUGAGCACAAAAAAUCUAUGCAAAGGCCAAGUGCUGGAGGAAUUCGUAGAUAACAAAAAGAAGCAAGAUAUAUAUUACGAAAAAGUGGUAUACUGUGGAGAUGGUCUUCACGAUUUCUGUCCAAUACUGAAACUGAGUGAAAACGACGUAGCUUGUGUCAGAGACAAGUACAAAUUGUUGGAUUUGGUAAUGAAGGCUCAAAAUGGACAGUACCUUGAUGAGGAUGGAGUUGUUAAGAAUUUAAAAUGUGAUGUCUGUGUGUGGAAUACUGGUUAUGAUAUCUUAGAUUUUCUGAAACCGAAAAACGAUGAUUGUGUCGUCUAAAAACUGUAUAUGUGUAAGAGGAAAUAUUGUUUCGUUUGUCACAAGUAUUUUAUUAUGUCAAUAAAGACAGGUAUUUGAUUUAA